AUGAUUACUACAAAGUUGCAAUCGCUUGAGUAUCAUAUGAUUGAAAAGGAUCUUCAACUAGAGGAUAAGAUCAUUGCUCUGACCAGCGCCAUAGAAAAUCUGUCAAAAUCCGUGGAGAAGAUGACAUGGGUCGUGCAGCAAAACGGUGAUACAACCAAUCACCUCACUUUUAAUGGAAAGUUUAUUGCCCAAAAUUUAACCGCACUGCAACGAGAUAUGCGAGAAGUACUCGCAGGACAGCAAAUGCUUGUAACGCGACAAGAAUUGGUUAAUGAAACUUUGUCAAGUGUUCCACGUGCAAUCAAGUAUACUACCUGUGCCACGCUACCAUUUCGAACAUCGGGUGUGUACAUUAUUCAACCAGAGACACCAUUCAAAGAGCCGAUGACUGUGCUGUGCGAUCAAGAAUAUGAUUCCGGUGGGUGGAUUGUGAUCCAACAUCGCUUCGAUGGCUCAACAAACUUCUAUCGCGACUGGAAGGAGUACAAAAACGGGUUCGGUCAACUUGAGGGCGAAUUUUGGUUGGGCCUUGAUCGCAUCCAUCAGCUGACGACAUCGAAGCCUCACGAACUGGUGAUAUUGCUCGAAGACUUCGAUGGCAAUAGUACAUAUGCAAGGUACGAUCUCUUUGAGAUCGGCGGUGAAAGUCAAAUGUAUGAAUUACUCAAAAUUGCUGGUUAUGCUGGGACAGCUGGUGACUCAUUAAGUGAGUUGAAAGGAAUGAAGUUUACCACUAUUGAUGCAGACAACGACAUUUGGGAGAAAAAUUGUGCGCUACAUUAUACUGGCGCUUGGUGGUAUAAUCAAUGUCAUAAGAGCAAUCUUAAUGGACAGUAUUUAAAGGGCGAAACCAAAGAAUUCGCUACGGGAAUGGUGUGGCAAACUUUUCGUGGAUAUCAUUACGCCCUUAAAUCGGCAAAAAUGAUGAUCAGAUCGAACGUCAAAAACGAUUGA